AUGAGUAUCCCAACUGAUUACCAGGGGCUUCGAGUGUCUGUGGAAAAAGGUGAGAAAAUUUCCAACAAAAGCAACUUGCCUUUUUCUCAGUGCGGAGACGAUAAUGCCAAUGAAAUUGGAGAGCUGGAAUACACUACCAGUUCUAUCCCUCCUCUUGUUUCUCAGAGCGAAACUCACGAGAAAAUAGUCAUCUGGAGCUCAGAGCAGCCAUUUGAGCCCUGUCAGGAAAUACACACAUUUCUAGGCAAAAGUGAUGAUCUUUAUGACGAUGAAGAGGACGGAGCAAGUAUGAGAGAAGGCCCCAUGUCCAUCUCCUCGAGUUCCACUGCCAGCUCUGCCUCGACCGGAGUGAAGAGGAACGACAAUGACAGCAACAAGGUGGAGGUUCGGAGGAGCAGACAGGAGCACAAAAGGACUGCCAGUCACAGCACCGAAGAAUUGGACACCUGCGUGACAGUGGAUAGAGAUGGAGUCAGGGUGGGCAGAGCAACAGAGAGGGACAGACAAAAGUCCAAAUCCGAAACCAAUGUGUUUGUCUCUAGCUUAUCCGCGAUCUCUCUCAGCGGAAGUCUAUCAAGUGCUUUGGAUACCGGUGGAGAAACACGUAUAACUUUGCCAGUUUACAAGACCCACCUCUAUUCCUCUGGUACAAGCAACACUACCUCAAUUCAGACCAGAAGAGGGUCUGCCCCAAUGGACAACAAGAACUCACCUCCUUACCACUCUCAGGAGAAACUUCAACAAUACAGCAACAAUAGCAGCCAAGACAGUGGGCUUGGACAGAGGAGAAAGGCAGGAUUUGAGGAAAGGGUAUUACCACCGAGGAGACAGCAGCUUGUAAGACCAAUGUGUCAGACAGAGAUGGGGCGGGCUAGGAGUUUGCCUGAAUCUAGUAGCCAUCAAGUCGACCCAGGACAGCCAAACCAGGAAUACAUCGGUAACAGAAAGUUUACAAGAUCAUCCCUGCGUGAGCCAUCUGAUUUCUCUCACCUUUAUAACUCAUCGGUGGUCUUAAGACAGCCCAGUCAAGCAGGCCAAAGAGACACGCUACCUACCGAAAAACAGCUCACCAGUGCCUCAAGGCCGACCCCAAGUCCAAGACCCCAAACUCAGCUUACAUACCGGAGAAACUGCUCCAGCCCCAACCGAAUGGCAACUCCUCCCCAGUCCCCUCUCAGGACCCCCCAAGGAUCACCCAGACGACAGCCCUCAAUGUUCAUCAUUCCCCGAAGCGUCCCGGGAGUGGUUCGGCACACUCCUCCCUCUGGGUCUAACACUGCUGUAACCACUCAGGGCUAUGGCAACAGCAGCCUAAGAGCACCAGUCAAAACUAGCAUAAGCACAACUGGGACAGCCAAACCAACCCCCAACAGCAGGCAGAGUCCACCGAAGGACAGCUCACCUUCGCCGAAACACGCCCCCAAACCAAAAGGCGUCCGCCCCAAGAUUAUCACCUAUGUGAGGAAAAAUCCACAGUUUAAACCACAAGUUGCAGACGGGCCUUAUCAAGUAUCCUCUUUGCCAUCCAGGCUGUCAACAUACUCAAAUAACCAGAGUAAAGAUCUCCCGAAAGAAAAGACAGAUGUUGAAGCCAGAGGAGGGCCAGUUCUUAGUGCAUCAAAUUUGCUUUAUGACAAAUACAGGCAAGAGAUGCAGACAAGUGUAUGCCCCCAACCAGGAGUGAUCCACAGAGGAGCCAGGCCAAAUACUGUCCCAGCAGCCACUGCACCUCACGGACACAGCCACACAGCACCACCCAAACUCGGGAGCAAAACGGAACACUUCUAUGGGUCGCCGUCUGAGAUGGGAAGACCAGGCAGUUUCAAAGGCAGCCAGCCAGAUGACCCUCUGCAGUCCCGUACAGUACCCCAGGGUGGAGGUGGCAGCUUGCUCCGCUCUGGCAGAGGUCUACGUUUGGGUCUAGGUGCGGUGACCAGGACUGCCCCAGGACCAGCCAGAACCCGGAGUCCUGCUCAGAGAUCUGCCCCUGUCAUGAGCCAACCAGUGCAACCCAUCAGCCCCAAUGAGAAAUCCCACGACACAGAUGAUCAAGUUUUUACACAGAAUGCCCCUGUCCCAUCUUCAGCUGAGAGUCCAAACGCUGCCUCCAGGUCUUUAGUGCCCAAAGGGUCGCAGUCUGGUUUGCGUCCUCCGGGCUUCAGCUCCACUCGUCUCCCGGCUGGACGUCUCGCUGCCUUUGGCUUUGUGCGCAGCUCCAGUGUCUCCUCUGCUUCCUCUGUCCAGUCUGGAGACAGUGGGCCCAGUGACCCCACUAGGACCACACACCGUUUGAGUGUGAGUGAGGACCCCCCUCUCCACAGAGUGACCACUGGACCUCCAUCAGUCCCAGAGCACCAGAGAGGACAGCCCUGUCGCAGUCUGCAGCCGCCCUCUACCCCCGCCCUGCCUAGACGCUACCUGCCCGCCCAGCCCCGCAGCUCACCUGGAGUUGGUCGAAAAGAGUUUCAAAGGAGUUCAGAGGUCACACGCUCACUGCCGUCAUCUCCAAAGAGGCUUGCUGUAGUUCCUCCUAAGCCACAGUCUCCAGUCCUGACAGACCAGCGACCCUCUGCAGUGGUGCGUGGGUCGGCACUGCCUGGAUCUCCUCGCCGCGUGGCCCCUCUCAAACCUCAGCUGCAGCACCAAGAGGAGAUCCUACAGAGAGAGAAGGAGGAGGCGCAGCAGAAAGAGAGAGAAAGACAGGAGGAGGAGAGGCAGAGAAAUGAACAAAGAGAAGAGGUCCAGAGGCUGCAGAGCCGAUGUGAGCAGCAGGAGACACAGCUAAGAGCUCUCAGAGACCAGUUGAGGAGGAUGUCCUUGGGUCUGGAGGCUUUUAUCAUCACCACUCAACAUUACUGUUUCAAGAACAACACGUCUGAAGAAAAUGAGAAGAAACUAUCUCAGGAAAUCAAAUUAAUCCAAGAGGAGAUUGCAUCCCACUCACAGCGCUGGGAGAGGCUGCAUCGGGAGAAGACCACCCUGGAGGUGGCCUUUGAGCGCGAGCUGCAGGAGCUACAGCUGCAGCAGGAGGCAGAGCUAGCUGCAGUGGAGGCAGGGCUUAGAAAGUGUCACUCAACUGAGACAGAGCACCUGAGGGCCGAGCACCGCUCUGAGAUGGAGGAGCUUCGGACCCAGCAACAGGAGCAGAUGGAAGAGAUGACAGUUGGACAUCAGGCUGCCAUUCAGGAGCUCCGAGACAUGCACAACAUCACCAUGGCAACACUGCACGAGGAACACGCCCGAACGAUGAGAGAUUUACGAAAGGCUCAUGAGCAGCAGAAGAUCCUGCUUGAGGAAGACUUUGAAAAACUGCGGCUUUCUCUUCAAGAUCAAGUUGACACUUUGACAUUUCAAAACCAAAGUCUGAGGGACAAGGCCAAACGCUUUGAGGAGGCUCUGAGGAGAAGUACAGAUGAACAAAUAGUGGAGGCUCUGGCACCUUACCAACACAUUGAACAGGACCUAAAGAGUUUAAAGGAAAUAGUGGAAAUGAAAAACCAGCAGAUUCACCAGCAAGAGAAGAAGAUCACAGACUUGGAGAAAGUGCAGGCCCAAAAGAAUGUAUUUCUUGAAGAGAAAAUCCAGGUUCUGCAACAACAGAACGAAGAUCUCAAAGCUCGAAUAGAGCUGAACCUGUCUCUGUCCAGGCAACUGUCCGAGGAGAACGCUAACCUACACGAGUCAGUGGAGAAGGAGAGCACAGAGAAGAAGCGUUUGAGCCGUAAUAACGAGGAGCUGCUGUGGCGUCUUCAGACCAGUCCCCUCAUGUCCCCCUCAUCCUCCCCCCUGCACCGCUCCUUCUCCACCUCCCCCCUCCCAUCCUCACCCUUCCACUGCUCUUCACCUGUCACUGGCUGUGAGUCACCCACCCACUGUCAUGGCUGUCCUCAGCAGGCUCAGUACUUCUCUCCAUCUCACAGAGCAGCCAACAAUCAGAAUUAUUCACCUGGCCCGGCCACACCCACUCACAAGGCAACCACCAAUCAGAAUUACUCACCUGGCCUGGCCACACCCACGCACGGAGCAGUAGCCAAUCAGAAUUACUCACCUGGCCCAGCCACACCCAUUCACAGAGCAGUGGUCAAUCAUAAUCUGUCUCCUGGUCCGUCCACACCCACUCACAGGGCAGUGACCAAUCAGAAUUACUCACCUGGUCCGGCUACACCCACUCACAGAGCCACAGUGAACCUCUGUAAUCCAUCUCCGUGUCUGAGCUCUGCACAGCGAUAA